AGUUCUCUUCUGCCGGUUUAUAUACACACAGCUGAGAUAUAGUGAAAUAUAUAAAUAUAUAUAUAAUAUAUGUUUACAAAAUGUGAUAAACAAGGAACCUGUACUUUUCCACGUACAAUAUAUAUACGUAUUGUAUUUAUAUAUAUUUAACUCCAGUAAAGAAUGCUACAGUGAAAAAUGCCAAAAGUUAAUUUUUGAGUGAAAUUAAUCAAAGUAAUUAGCAUGAGCUUGUAUUAAUGAAUAAAUAAUUAGUUAAAUAGAUAAGAGAGUAUCUGGCCAACUAGUGUGCUUAAAUAAAGAUACUGAUGUCUGGUGGACAUGUUAGGAGGGGUGGAGAGACCCUCCCUGCCCCCCUCUAGGGAGGGUGUGGCCCCUGUACCCCGCCCCCCACAUACAGAUUGGAAUCAGGUUGAUGUUGGAAAACUUAUCCUGGACUUAGACGAAGAUAUUCGGAACUCGGAGAUGGGGAGCAGGGAGAACAGUCCUCCUAGAACCCAGAGUGGGAUCCGUCCUACUCUUCCUGUAAACCACAACUCUACCCGACCCCCAUCCAGUCCAAUGGAUGAUAACGACAAAAGUCUGAAAUUAAAAAUAAAACGGACCAAAUCCGGUCGCCAAGAGAUAGUGAAGCCUCAAGGCGGCUCAAAGAGCCCGGCUUUCAACGGAAAUUUUGAUUCUGACCCUGGAGGGAAAUCUGGAAAUGGACCUCCCUCCAUUGGGAACAGUGGACCGCCCUUUAAAGGGACUGGUCCACUACCGACCAGUUUAAGUGGUCCUCACCAGAAUAGUGGGAAUGGACCGUUAUAUGUAAAUAGUAUAAAUGUGAAAACGUCAGUGGAAAGUGGAUCCCAGUCAUUCAGUGGAAGUGGGCGCUCCUCUAUUGUAGGAAGUGGGCCCCCUUCAAAUAGUGGAUCGUACUCCGGUAGCGGAUCUUCCGUCGGAGGCAGUAAUCCCUCCUACUCCGGAGACAGUUGUCCGCCAUCCGGAGAUAGUUCUCCGCCAUCCCCGCAGAUAAAACAUGAAUCAACGGCUGUGCAACUCAAUGAUAUGACCUGGAGAAGUGGGACGGGUUCAGGGAGUAAUCAAACCAACUCUACUCCUCCUUCUAACCCAUCCCUCCAGCAGAACAAUAAUAAAAAACUUAAGGUGGAUGUUGGAACUGUAACGGAUGCCAGUACUCUGACCGAACCGGAGAUACUUGGACCCUGCGAGCCAGGAACUGCGGUCAACCUAGAGGGAAUUGUCUGGCACGAGACUGAUACAGGUGUUCUAGUUGUUAAUAUAACCUGGAGAGGAAAGACCUAUGUUGGUACUCUACUGGACUGUGCACGGCAUACUAAUCAAUGGUCAGCACCAAGGUUUACGGAUUCUCCUGAACCUGGAGGAAAGGGAAGAGGGAAGCGAGGUCGAGCCACAAGUACUCCGUUGGAACCGGAGCCAAGGAAAAAUCUACGGAGCAGCAAAGCUAAGGGGAAGGGGAAAGGAAGUAAGAGUCAGCAGCAACAGCAGCAACAAGCUCAGAUACCAGAGCAGCAGGCUGCUGAAACUGAAGAUGAAUUUAAUUUCCCUACCCCGGCCAGUCCUGCCAAGGAUGGGACUAAGAGAAAGAAGGAACCUGAACUUGAUGAGAUGAAAAAGAGAAAAAGAACAAGCUCUGACAGUGAUGACUCCAGUGCUCCGACAGAGGAGUUUAAACCUACUCCGACAGUUAAGAGAGAACCUAAACCUGAUAGUUUCAGUUAUAAGAUGCUCAACUGUCCCAGGAAGGAUUGUAGCAAGCAAUACAAACAUGAUGACGGACUUAAAUGGCACGUUUCCCAUUCACAUCCCGAGUUUAUCGGAGCAGAUGGAGAAAUCCGGGAUAGCAGUGAAGUAGAGAAAGAGGAGCAGGAGAAGAAGAGAAAGAACCGGAGUAAGGAGGAGAAGGAGGAGAGAAAGAAGAAGGAAGGAAAGGAGAACAGUGAUAAAGGAACUCCUGCGAAGCAGCCUAAGCUUGAUGAAUCUAAUAAAUCUACUCCUGUCACAGAGUUGAAAAAUAAACAGUUCACUCCCCAGCAGCAGCAGCAGCAACAAGCACAACAACACGGUCAACCGCCGCAACGUCCUGGAAACCUUCAAGUACGUCCUGGACUUUAUACUCCUCCGACCAACGGAAAGUAUUUAGAUCCUACCGAUGAUCUCAAAAAUAAGAGUAGGAUGAUUGAAUCUCCUGCCGGUAGUCCUGCUCCUCCCAACGGAACUCCUAAUCCUCUCCUGGCAGGUUCUCCAUCUCAGGAGAGAGAAAAACCUUCUGCCAACAGUCCUGCCUACUCCGAUAUAUCAGAUGAUGGUGAGGACUCCCGAGGGAAGGAUUUGAAGUUGCCUCAAGGAAUAUCUAUUCCCUCGUCCCAGGUCUCUGGUUCCAGCUCUUUCUCCUCUCCGCAACUCGUUAGAUCAAGUCCUAUGCCACGAACCGAAUCCAGUAUGAUCACUACAACUCCAACCGGGCAUAGAACAAGUAGUUACGGUCUCACAGGAUCAAAUCCUGGACCUCAGGUUGGGACUCAGGAGUAUCAUAAAUAUCUAGCUGCCAAUGGAUUCCCUCCUUUCCCCUAUCCCUAUCCUGUAGGUAUGGAUCCAAACUUCCAUAUUCAAUUAUUAAAGACUGAUCCGUUGUAUAAAUCCAAGUGGGAGAAGGACAGAGCGGACCGAGAGAGGGCGUUUAAAGAACAGUUAGAUAAGGACCAGGGUAAAUUCUCUAGUCUAUCCCUGGGUAAAGAUGAUAGAUUACAGGGAACCCCGCCAAGGAAACCCGACGGAGGGAAACCUGAGGAUCUGAGGAAGCGUGAACCUUCUGGUGAUAACAGACCUCGGAGCAGAGCAUCUCCUAUGACCAACAUGAUCAGUGUUAAACCAGAGUUCAGAGAGAAGGAAGAAGUAAAAAGAGAAAUAAAAAGUGAGGAGGGAGUGAAACCUACGAUGGAAACUCGUGGACCGCCUCCAGGACCUCAAACCUUCGGAUACAUGCAUCCAUCUCUUCUCCGCCCUCCAUUUAGCAUAGGAGGUAUGGCUCCACCUUUUGAGCCUCUUUUCGUAAGUGCCGGCGGAUUAUCUCCAUACGGACUUCCGCCCGGACCCAAUCCAUACCUUACCCCAGCACAUCUAUCUUCGAUUCGACCGCCGGUUCCCUUCUCCUUCGGGGAUCCGAUGAUGCGAGCUCCUUUCCCUCUGGGUGCUGAGGAUCUAGCUAGAGCUGCUGCCGGAGCUCCUCCUGGUCUCAGCGGAACUAAAGCUCUAGAUUUACUACAGCAGCAUGCAACCCAGUACUAUGCAAAUCAGAAACUAGUUGAGCUGCAGGAGAGAGCUCUUAAAUCACCUAUUUCUUCAAUGUCUUCAGUACCUUCCAUGGGAUUGUCUCUUCCCAAACCUAUUACAACCUUGGCCGGAAAGGAUUCUCCGACCAAUACUUCUGCCGGAGAUAAAUCUAAAUCUCCGCCUCCCCUUCGUCAUGUUCACACCCACACUCACACUCAUAUUGGACUCGGAUAUCCUCUGCUUCCUCCCGGAGCUCUACCUCCGGUACCUGGAGGAAUGUCUCCCGUCUCCAGUUUACCGCCUGGUGCCCUACCUCCUCCCUCUAUUGGAUUCUCAUCCGUCCCAUACUCCGGAGCUGGAGGAACACAGGGGAAACCUGCCAACUGAGUUCCUUAUCUAGUUCCUAGUGAAUUCCAAUAGUUAAUAAUCUUCAUAGAGACGGAUAGAAACCCAUUUGAUAAAUUCUCCAGUCUGAAGUUAUGGCUGCAUAGUGUUUACUCCUGGAACUCCGUGAAUCUUGGUUUCCGGAACAAUGAAGAUUAGAGACUAUGUAACUAAACCAAACUCCAUUAUCUGUGUGCAAACUUCUUAUAAACUCUGAGUUUUUGUCUGGUUUCCACCGACACUAGAUCUACAGUUGAAGUGAAAAAUGAAUCGAGCUAAGCUCACUCUCUCCCCGUCCCCUUAUCUCUAGUGAGAAUAUUAUAGUUUGGACCUGUAGAAUAGUUUGCUUUCAGUGGUGCUUUGCUCCCUAAACCCAGCUUAUCCAGCACAAUCUCCUUAAACUUUGCUUCUCCUGUUUAUAUUCCUUCCUCAACCCAUCUUCAUACAUACAUUAAAUCCUAACUGAGGUUUUUACUCCGAGUCCUUGAUCCUGUACUAACACAAACCUCCUCCUAGCUCUAGUGUACUCCUAGAUAUUCUUGAUCUCUGAUUUGUUGUGAUUAAGUUCUCCUAGUUGCUCUCCUGCUCUGGUCCUGAUACUGAUGACAUAUUUUGGAAAUACAUCUCGAUCAAAUAGAUAUUGUUCAGAGUUAACCCUUUUGAACAUAAAUUCAAAUAAAUGUUAAUAAAUCAAGAUAAA